AUGGGAAAAGACAAGAUAAGCAAUUUACCAAGCAGUCUAAUUGGGCAAAUCCUCUCCUUCCUUCCCACAAAAGAUGCAGUGAAAACUAGCGUUUUAUCGACCCAAUGGAAGUAUCAUUGGACAUCAAUCACAAAUUUUGACUUUGAUGAUUGGUUAGAAUGUAAACCUGCAUUUGAAAUGUGUGAUCAGUCAGUCAAAAGUUUCAUAAAUUUUGUCUAUCGAGCACUGCGACAAAGUGUUUCAGAUAUGCAUAAAUUCCGUCUGACGUGUAAUAACAUAUUUGAUAGUUGGCAUAUUAAUCAAUGGGUUUCUAUUGCAAUUUUACGUAAUGUUCGUGAAUUUGAUAUUAGCCUCCUUAGGAAUGCUGGGCAUUUAAUGGUACUGCCUCAUGAGCUUUGGACUUGUAAUACUCUAGUGGUGCUAAAACUAGAGGGUGCAUUUGUUCUCAACGUUCCAAGUCUGGUCUGUCUCCGGAGCCUUAAAAUCCUCCAUCUCAAUGCAGUCAAGUUUUUGGAUGACGACUCAACCGGGAGGCUGUUUUCAAGCUGCCCAGUGCUCGAGGAUUUGACGAUGUUUAGAUGUUGUUGGGAAAAUAUUAAUGUCCUUAACAUUUCGGCUCUUGCACUCAAGAGUUUGACUAUUGAUACCAGC